CCUCUGGGCUCUGUCCCCUUUCGACCCCUACACCCUUCCCCUGGGCCGGAUUACCGACCGGUGUUAAGAUACUGAUGGUUUGUCAAGAUUGAUGGUUUGUACAGUUGGGGCUACGAGUACAGCUCCAUCUUGUUGUCAUAUCGGGGAUAACAGUUGUUGACAACUGUAGCAUUUUAGCUAAGCUUAACCCUAAUCCUUUUCCUAACCUUAACCUCAUUCUCCUAACCUCCUACAUGAAUUAUCCUAACCUGCCACGUUAAGUUCUUCUAACCUGUCACGUUAAUUCUGCUAUCCUGUCACGUUAGUUCUCCUAACCUGCAACAUUAAUUAUCCUAACCUGCCAUGUUAAUUAUCCUAACCUGCUACUUUAGUUAUCCUAACCUGCUAUGUAAACAAACCACUAUCACCACAUAGGACAUGCAGCCCCCCAGAUAACAUAUGAACACAUCAGUUGAGGGCCCCCUGGAGGUCCGCCCAGAUAGCAUAUGAACAGGUCAGUUGAAAACCUCAACAAAUUCGGCUGUGGGGGUGUGAAAGUAGGUGCCCUAGUGGCCCACAUUUGGUAGUCCUGCCCUGCCCUUCCCAUUGAACUAGUGAUUGUGAAAUGUAGGUGAAUAGAGCGAUGUGCAAAGUUCAUCAGACUGUUCCAAUGUACAAGGAGGAUUUGCUCACAGGCGCACAUCAAGCGCACAAUAUCUAGGCUAUGAUAUAGCCACUCGAACUAGGCCUAAUUAAAAUGUUGCAUUUAUGUAGGCAUUUAAGAAGAUGAUGCACGCUUACCGGUAGGCUAUGUUUCGUAACUGGGUGACGUCAGCUCUAACCAUCGACGAUGAAAUGUGCAGGUGAAUACGGGAUAAACACAUGAACCAAAAGCAAGAAGGGAGGAGGGCAAGAUUAUCUGGCAAACAUGAUUUCUGAAUGGGGGGGGAUGAAGAUAUAUUUACGGAUAAAUGGCGUGCUAUGCUAUCGCACUUAACCGAUAUAGCUGCAUCAGGAGGUAUAGCCUAAAUUGCCUAUCGAAUAAUAACGGGAUGUCUCUCGCGAUAUAUUUCCUCCCAUCAUUGUUCCUCCGCUCGAUAGUCCAUGUUGGCGCCAAUGGAGUGACAACAAUUGAACGAGUAUAGAGAAAGAAGGCUACUGUGGAGAAGUAGGCUAGGCGACAGCAAUACAUUAACAAUACACCCACAUGUGGCACUGGUGACUUAACGGGCACCCGAGAAACAACACCUGAAUUUUUUUGUUUUUCACUGUCCCGCGAUCGUGUGACAUGACACGUAGGACAUGAUCGAAUCAAGCCGUUGGGGCAAUUGUAGGAGGUGCGGUAAUAACCUGGCAGGAGGGAAGCUUCAUGCUUGGAAGACGUUUGCUUUUGGAGGAUCGUAUUCAUACAUGGGGCUUGAGUUGUCAUGCGGGGCGGUCCCGACUCUGGACCCCCUGAUUGUCGGAGUCUCGGACAGAUCCCGAUGCUCACGGUCAAAUCGUUGCUUGUGAGGAACAAAAUAAUGCCUGCGGUGAACGUUACCGGAGAAGCGCCCUUACUGAACGGGGGCAGAAGAGAAGAGCAGCGUCCCUGUAAACAGUCCCUUCCCGGGUCCCUAUGCCGAGAGUCCCACUGGAAGUGCCUGCUCCUCACGCUGCUGAUGUUUGGCUGUUUCGCCACGCUGGGAUGGUGCUCCUUCUCCCGUGUCACCGUCAUGGCUGCCGAUGAACACGGCCUCUACUACGGCGUCCGCGCCCGCCUCUACCAUGACAGCCCCUGCUCCAACGGCUACGUCUACAUCCCGGUGGCCUUCCUGAUCAUGCUGUACCUGGUCUACCUGGUGGAGUGCUGGCACUGCUUCUCUAAAACAUCCUCUCUGGCCCGGGUGAAGAUCAGCAAGGUGUACAACAGGGUCCAGAGGCUGCAGCAGGCCAUGCCCUGUAUCUGGUGGAAGGCCAUCAGCUAUCACUAUGUGAGACGGACACGGCAGGUGACUCGAUACCGCAAUGGUGACGCUUACACCACCACACAGGUGUACCAUGAGCGGGUCAAUACACACGCAGCCAGCUCUGAAUUUGACUAUGCUCAACAUGGUGUAAAGGAUGUAUCCAAGGAGCUGCUUGGCCUUCUGGAGCACCCGGCUGUACGCCUUCGGUUCACCAAGUGUUUCAGUUUUGCCAGUGCUCGUGCCGAGGCCGCCUACCUCACUCAGCGCGCACGCUUCUUCGCAGAGAACGAGGGUCUGGAUGACUACAUGGAGGCACGGGAGGGCAUGCACCUGAAGAACGUGGACUUCCGUGAGCACAUGCUGGCCUUUCCUAACCCGGCGUGGCCGCCCUGGUUCUCUCGGCGGCGCAUGUAUUGGCUGAUCUCAGCCCUGAUGUUGUCCUGGCCACUACGGGUGGUGUCAGAGUACCGUACGGCGUAUGUUCACUACCAUGUGGAGAAGCUGUUUGGUGAGAACGAGGAAGUCAAUGACAAUGACAGCACUGAGAUGGGCAACUACCGCUUAGGCCAGGAGAAUGGGCAACGCGGUGGCCCCAGAUUACGUGUCAUAUCGAGGGUCAACACUGUGGAUAUCACUGAACUGGAGUGGCACAUUCGCUGUAACCAGCAGAUGGUGCCCAGUUACUCCGAGGCCUUGCUGAUGGACCUGAACACCAAUAACACAACCUCUUUGCCCUCUGCGUUUACCGGGGCAACACAUGUCCAUAUGAGGCGGAGCUCCAGCUACGUCCUACAGAGCUGCCCACGCUGCUGCAGGUCCACCAGCAGCUCCUCGCUCCCCUCGCGAGUCAGGGGAAAUGUGGUAAUGGGGGCAGGAUCUUUGACAUAUGGGACAGUGGGAAGGAUGGGAGGAGGAAGGUUAGCCCUCAGCCGCAGUGGAUUCUCUCUGGGCCGUUUGCACACGAUGCGCCAGGCCUGCCUGUUUCACUCCCGGAGCCUUGGUGCAGGGAUGGGGAGUAGAGGGGAUGAAGGUGGUGGGUUUCUGGGACUGGGCCUCCGCCGGGCUAAUGAAGAAAGCAGAGGGGUCCUGGAGUCAGAAGGAUAUGAAGUGGACGAGAAUAGUCUGCAGCUAGAGGAGGAUAGAGAGCAGGAACUAGAGAGAGUGAGGACCGAGAUCAUGCAGGGAGUGGCAUGUGUGACAGAGACACCACCAGCCUAUCAGGAAGCUCUCCACUUGCCUGUGUUGAUUGUCCACGGUGAGGAGAGCUGUCAUGGAGGGGAGGACCUUGACGCAGGAUAGUCACUGUGAUUGGUGAAGGUGAUGUACAGUAGAGCAGAUAUGCAAAUCUGCUCAGGAUAAUGCAAGAAAUUAGAGAGAGGAGAGGAGAAGAAAACAGGGACGGAGGAAGAAUGUGUGGCGAUAUCAAAAAGGUUGUUAAAGAGAGGGGUAAGGAAGGAGAAAGAAAACAAAUGGAAAAAUCAUGCUUUCCAGACCUGCGAGAAAGCAGUACUGUAUGUGAAAGAUGUGUAGGGAAACAAAACUAUUGUGUCACAGUAGAUUAAAUGACAGUUAUGUAGUUGCUCUUCUUAAAGAGACAGUAAUAUGUGUGUCCCAUUGUCCACAAUGAACAACAAUCGCUUUGUAUCUUUGUUCAUGAAUGUAUGGAAGUAUCAAGGAGCUGCUGAGUUAGCACUUAACAUCAGGAGUAGUUCAUUUUUCACCAAGCUAUUAGAUUAAUUCAAGGGGCACUGUAUAAUGUGUAAACUUACAGAACUCCCUGUUAGAUGCGGAGCAAAACUCUAAUGCCAAUAAAAAAUAAGCAAUUACCAUUCCACAAAGAGUAUUACCAUUCCACAAAGAGUAUUACCAUUCCACAAAGAGUAUUACCAUUCCACAAAGAGAGUAUUACCAUUCCACAAAGAGUAUUACCAUUCCACAAAGAGAGUAUUACCAUUCCACAAAGAGAGUAUUACCAUUCCACAAAGAGUAUUACCAUUCCACAAAGAGUAUUACCAUUCCACAAAGAGAUUAUUACCAUUCCACAAAGAGAGUAUUACCAUUCCACAAAGAGAGUAUUACCAUUCCACAAAGAGUAUUACCAUUCCACAAAGAGAGUAUUACCAUUCCACAAAGAGUAUUACCAUUCCACAAAGAGAGUAUUACCAUUCCACAAAGAGUAUUACCAUUCCACAAAGAGAGCAUUACCAUUCCACAAGGAGAGUAUUACCAUUCCACAAAGAGAGCAUUACCAUUCCACAAAGAGAGUAUUACCAUUCCACAAAGAGUAUUACCAUUCCACAAAGAGAGUAUUACCAUUCCACAAAGAGUAUUACCAUUCCACAAA